GUCUUUACUGCAGUCUUCGCACACGCUGCAGAGCUCCGCGACCCGGGGGUCCAUGGGCCAGGCUGUGGCGUCCGCUGUACUCCCCUUGGCCGCCACGGCCUACGCCUUUCAGCUACUUGCCAUGCGUUACUUCAACGCAGACACGGUGAGCUACAAGGGGCAUGGGUCCCGACUAGCAGACGGCGCCGAGUUUGGCACAGAGGUGUCUUCGGUGCGGCUUGUCGUGAAGGAGAUGAAGAGGAAACGCAAAGAGAAAGCGAGGCAGCUCCUGAACAACAACAGCCAAAGUUUUGACGUUGGCACGCAGCGCGCGUGGUUCUCAAAUAUCUUUUUCAGUCCAACCUCGCCAACAAGCCCUGGCCAGUCUAACCCUCAGUUCGAGCUGCCGCCCAACUCCAAAGCUGCAGCACCGGACGAGAAGCCUUACCUGGUGGAGUACAGCGAGUCCUGGGGAAAAGUCUUGGAGAGUUACAUG